AAACGGAUACACCCAUAAAGUUAAAGAGAUAAUAAGAACUUAGAUUUAGCAAAAAAAGGCAACACAAGUGGAAACUGAAAAUAGUCAACGGAUAUCGAGUGAACACAAGAAAUAUAAAAGAAAAAUAUAUUAAAAAUAUAGUGAAAACAUAGAAUAAUUUAAAGAGUGAACACAGAAUUACACAAGUGCAAACAAAGACAACAGAAAUCCUUUAACCAAAUAUAAAGUGAGAGGGAGAGAAACUUAUAAGUUUAAGAUAACAAAAAGUGAUUUCUUAGUGACUUCUUUUUAAGAGACAGAAACUACACAGUGAAAAUAGUCGAUAUACAGACACUUUUUAGCCAGUUUAUUUCCCCUUUUAUUAUUGAAUCCUUAUUUUUUUCUGUUCUUGAAAUCACUUUGUAAAGUAUUUGAGGGGAAACGAGAGUGUGUGCGAUUUUUUUUUAAAACAAACUAAAAAAAAAGAGAGAUAAGAGACUUUUGGAUGUUCGGACGCGCGUGUGAAUCAACCAAAAGUGACGGCAUCUGCAAUCAACCAAAAAGUCAACAGCCACGUGAAUUUUCAUAAAUAAAAAAAAAUUACUCAGUCAAGUACAAAGGAAACUACAAGAGAAGAGACUCCAAUAUAGAAACCCCCUCCCAAAAUAGAGGACAAAUAAAGUGAGAAGAAAUUGAUGAGCGAGAGAUUGAUCUACACACGCUGCAAAAGGUAAUAAUAAGCCCAUUAAUUCACAUCCCCUGCAUCGCUAUCACUUCCAAUAUAUCGACAUAAUUCUAAUUUAAAUGCUUAACAAAGUAAAUACCAGUAAAAGUGUGAACCAAUAACAAAUUAGGCAUUAAACAAUUUUCAUUAAAGAAAAUAUAGAGCAUAAUAAGGAGUAAGAGAAACACACAGGAGUAUAGAAGAGAAGAAGAUGACACAUUUGCAUUGAGAGGGAAGAAAAAGAGGUAAAGAAAAAGGAAGUAAAAAUUAAAACAAAAAAAAAACAAUUCUGUGAUAUAUAUUAAUAAUUGUGUAUGAUAUAUAUAAAUACAUGUUAUCGGUUGAGUCUUUUCUAAACUUAAAUACAACAAAAAAAAUGAUGAUGAUAAGAAGUGUGAGAUAAAGGAGAAAAAAAAACUGGACACAAGAGACAUUUAAAAGAAAAUCUUAUAAUAUUUAAGGAUUAAAGAAAAUAAAUCUGGCGAAUUUCGGAACUCUAAAAGUUUGCUCGUGAACAUUUUGUGUUCGGCAAAUAGUUAAUGAAUGAAAAAGAAAACUACGACUUUUAAUUUAAUUAAAAGAGGGAUUUUUGAAGGAGAAGAAGAAGAAAAGCUUUCUGCCCUUUAAAUAAUAAUUUUUUGAAUUUGAAAAAGAAAUAAUUCCUGUGAAACUUGAGGUGUUUUUGGCGGCCAAAAAAGUGUUGCGUUAACACAAAACGAAAAGAAUAAUAAAAAAAAAUAAAUAAAACUUGAAUUACUCACUUCUUUUGAACAAAUAUAUCUUUUGUCCUUUGAAAAGAAAGAAAAAACCUAACUUUUAUCCAACUUUUGAAACUCCACAACAUUGCAAAAUCGUGUGGGUAAAUAAUAAUAAAUAUUGUGAAAAAAAAAAUAGUGAUUAAGAAUUGCAAGAGAAGUAAUAUAGCCAAUAGAGGACAACUGUAUGAAAUUGUAAAUUGAAAAGACUUAAUGGUGAUAAUUAUGGUGAAACAGUGAAGAUUGAAGUGAGAUCUUAAAGAAUAUUCCUGGUGCAAAACUGCCUUCAUAUCCCUAGAAGAGAGAAGAGACAGGCGAGAAAUCUCGGUAGAGCUGCGAAGUGCUUUUAAUGCUGUGAGUCAUGUCGAAGAACUUCAUUGACAUCAACAACUCACUCGUGUCGGCGCUCGGCGGCGGCGGUGGUGUGGGAAUUGGCCUGCAAUCGGCCGACUUGCAGCUGCUGUCCACGGUGAAUGGCAGCGCGACGGAUCACAUGAACUUGCUGAACCUCAAGAUACCAAAACACGCCUCAGGCGGCCCGACGCUUGCCCUAAAGUCUCCACUCACGGCGCCAGGCGUUCGUGCUGGCAUCAAGUCGUCCACCGACACGGACUAUCGCAACUGGAUGGGUGGCGGCGGAGGUGGUGGCGGAAUGCCGCCGACAGGACGAUCCAUCGUGAAGCAGAACAGUCAUCUGAGCGACGGCGGCAUGGAUUUCCUCAACUGUCGCAGCUCGGCGGACUAUUCUGGGCAGGAGGUACACCGCUUCGGCGCAGCGGCUGGCAACUCGAUGGAUGGCCAGGCGAAUCAUCAUUUUCGCAGCAAUGGCGAGUCAUACGGACAGAGUGACUUUGGCGGGGAAUUCUCCACGUCGAGGGACAUCUUCGCUCAGGCUGCCAGGAGUGCCACGAAUGCUGCAGCCGCCGCCGCGGCGGCCAACGCUUUUCCGCCAAUCGGCACGUUCACGCUCGAGAGUGUGUCGCAAGGAUACGGCAUGACUGAGGCGAGUGGAAGCAGCGGCCCGACGUCGACCGGUGGAAUUGGUAUCUUCAAUACAGGCAGCAACUCCGGACCAAUGAUGAACGGCUGCUCUGCUCCGCCGCAAACGUAUGGGAACAACAAUGGCGGUGACGUGAAUCAAGGGAUACGAGAGACGGGCAUAAUUGAAAAACUACUGCACUCGUACGGAUUCAUCCAGUGCUGCGAGAGACAGGCUCGUCUCUUCUUCCACUUCUCCCAGUUUAGCGGUAACAUUGAACAUCUGAAGAUCGGCGAUCCGGUUGAGUUUGAGAUGACAUACGAUCGGCGCACUGGCAAGCCCAUCGCCAGUCUGGUGACGAAGAUUGCUCCUGAAGUUGUGCUGUCGGAGGAGCGCGUCACUGGCACAGUGACGACGGAAAUCAAGUCAGACGGUGUGAAUGCCUCGAGCAACUCGAGUGAGACGACGGGACGGAUUAGCUAUGAGAACAGCGGUGAAUGCUUCUUUCUGCCAUACACCAAAGAUGACGUCGAGGGAAAUGUGACUCUGCGUUCUGGUGAUAAAGUCAGCUUUCAGAUUGCCACUAAUCAGCGCGGAAAUUUGGGCGCUUGCCACAUUCGCCUGGAGAAUCCGGUGCAUCCGGUGAAGUAUCGUGGCGUUGUGUGCUCCAUGAAGGAGUCUUUUGGAUUUAUCGAGCGCGCCGAUGUGGUGAAGGAGAUCUUCUUUCACUUCAGCGAAGCCGACGGCACUGUGGAACUUCGUCCGGGAGAUGAUGUUGAGUUUAUCAUUCAGACAAGAAAUGUGAGUUGUCUUUGGCAUAACUCCUUGGCACAGGGUUUUGAUGUCUUUUUUUGUACUGUUGUGCCGUUGCAGGGAAAAGAGGUGGCGUGCAACAUCACACGCUUGCCGCCAGGAUCGGUGAUCUUCGAGGAUGUCGGCACACAGAUCUACAAAGGGCAGGUGCUGAAGCCGCUGGAUCGUGCUAAUCCGUUGAGGCACAACAACGAUCCGUUGCCUGGGCGUAUUCGCUAUCGUGCGCCGGAUCAUUCGGAAGUGGAGGUGCCAUUCGGGGACAAGGAUCAGAAGGGUGACUUCACGCUGCGCCAUGGAGAUUGGGUGCAAUUCCUCCUGGCCACAGAUCGCCGUGAUCAGCUUCAACGUGCCACAUCGAUUUCGCUGCUUGAUGAGACUUUUGAGGUGUCUGGCGAGAAGAGAGAACAAGGCGUUGUGGCGGCUCUCAAGGAGGGAUUUGGCUUCUUGCGCUGUGUUGAGCGCAACACGCGCCUCUUUUUCCACUUCACCGAAGUCCUCGAUACACUCCGUGAAAUAUGCGUUGGUGAUGAAGUGGAGUUCACGAUGAUUCAGGAUCCAAACUCCAGCUUUGCAAAUACUCGUCAGAGUGCCAUUCGCAUUAAGCAUCUGCCGGAGGGAAGUGUGCAGUUCGAGACGCUGAUUGAGAGCAAUGUUGAGGGUGUGGUGACUCGCGAAGCGCCAAAGAGUCCUAUCAAGUCGCAAGAGCGCACGGAGGGCGGCGUGAUUAGCUAUGGCGCGACGGGAAGCAAGAAGACCAUCAUGUACUUCCUGAAAGACUGCGACAAGCCACCGCGAAUUGGGGAUCACGUGCGAUUCAACAUAUGCCAAGUGAAGAGGAAUAAGGAGUUGAUUGCCGUGAAUAUCAAGGAGAUCCUUCCCAAUUCCAUGAAUGCACUCGUCGGUGGAUCGUCUGGUCGCAUAUCUAUCAACACAUCGAUGCAGCAAAGUAUAUUGGGCAAUGGAUGUCAGAUGAAUAUGCUCGGGGAGCAGAAAUUGAGUCCCAACAGCGCGGCUAAGAACAACAACAAUGGGAAUGGAGUGAAACCAGUCAUCUUUUACGGAUUCAUUGCUGUACUCAAGGAGAACUUUGGCUUCAUUGAGACUCUGGAUCACGAUGAGGAGGUGUUUUUCCACUUCAGCAACUUCUAUGGAAACACCAACAACUUGGAAUUGGGCCAGGAAGUGGAGUAUAGCUUGUCGACGCGUGGUUCCACGCCGAGUGGUGGAAAUUGCUUGCCAGCUGAGAAUGUGAAAAUUGUGGCGAAGGGCACGAUAAAUCAGCCGAAAGUGCUCGAUGCAGUCUACAAUGGUCUGGUGGCGCGUCCACUGAGGUGCAUCAAUCCCGAUCAAGCUGAGUAUUGUGGCCUCAUCACUCUGAUCAGUGACAUGGGUGAGGUGGUGUCGACACAUGAAUUUGGCAUCACGAGCUUGGUCAAUAAGCGCGAUUUGCUGCAGAAAAACGAUGCCGUGUCUUUCAAAUUGGACACAAAAGGACGUGCAGCUGAGGUGAUUGCCGUGAGACAGAAGAAGCGUGCCAAUGUGGACUCCAUCAAGGGACAAUUUGGCUUCUUGGACUUUGAGGUGGAGGAGGGCAAGAAGCUCUUCUUCCACAUGUCAGAGGUGCAAGGGAAUUCCAAUAGCCUCCAUCAAGGUGACACUGUUGAGUUUUCCAUUGUCACUAAUCAGCGAAAUGGAAAAUCUUCCGCUUGCAAUGUCGUGAAAGUCAUUGACAACACUCAAGCCCGUCCGGAGAGACUUUUGUCCCGGCUCAAGAUCAACUCGGUGGACGAGAGUGUUCCGCGUCUCAUGGUUAUUCGACCACCGAAGGGACCAGAUGGCACCAAAGGAUUUGCACUUCAUCACCGUAAUCCGAGGAUUGCAGGAAUAUUUGUGGAAUGAUGCUUUGAUUGAACUGGAGGGGAGACAAGGAAUGGCAACAAUUUGUUUUCAAUUUGAAUUUGUGGGGUCAUUAUGAGUUCAUCUUUGCUUUGCCUAUAAAAAAAGGGAAAAGAAGACAGAAAGGAAAGAUGUGAGAAUCAAUUACAAGGGUGAAAUAUCAAUAAUAAGACAAAACCACAGCAUUUCAGUAUAAUUAGUGGAAAAGUUCUACUUAAAAAGCAUGAUAGUGAUUGAAGAAAAAAAAAAGAAAUUGAAUUCAACUUGUAAUUUUAAUCCACUUCCUAAAACUACUUAAACACACACACACACAUAGCGGAACGACAAUUUUCAAAUUAGAAACAAGGAGAAGUUAUUGACCUGAACACCCAGGAAAUCAUACACAAUUGCCCACAAAGUUUUUUUUUUGGAAUAACAUCCACAAAUUUCUCUGAUAAUUUUCAUGCAUACUUAUAAAAUAUUAUCAACACAGAAGAUGAGGAAGAAAAAAAAGCAUUCAUAUAGAGAGAAGAAAGUGUGAGGAUUGAUAUAAUUGUUAGGAGAUAUAUAAUAUCAACAUGAUUCAAAGAUAAAACUACGCCACUUGAGAAGAAGAAGAAGAAGAAAAAAAAACGAGAAUUAUAAUACAUUUUUGUCAUUUCAAAACUAAAAAAAAAGUGAAAGAGCGAAAACUAAGGGAAAAUGAAGAACUUUUAAUUUUAUGGAUUUAUAUAUACACUGUAAAGAAAUAUACAAGAAAAAAAAGUGAAGAAAAUCUAUACAAAAAAAAACUUUAAAACUAUAUGAUAAAAGAACUUGAUAAAAACAAAAUUCUAAUUAAUUGACCAAAAUACAUAACAGAUAAAGCAUAAUAAAAAAAAAUGAAUUACCUUACACAAUAAAAAGAAGUAUAAUUAUAGACAUGAUGAGGAGAGAUGUAAUGAGAAGAAAGUGAAAAAUUGAAAAGUAAUUUACCCAAGAAAUUGUUUGUGAAUUAUUUUGAUGUUUUUUUUUCUUGCAUUAUUAUACUGGAAGAAGAAAAAG